GCGCUAUUAAUUUCCAGGCGAAACUGAGCCUGAAGGCUUUCAGUGCUGUGAGGACUUGCGAUGGUGAUCUCAAGAGAAAGACAUCAUUGAUGUAAGCCAAUAUUCGGAUCUUAGGGUUCUUUUUUUUUUGAAUCUCUAACAGAGUUGGAUGUAUACUGUUGUUCUCCUUGAUGAAUGCCCUAGCUGUUAUGAGCUAAGAACAAUAGGUUCGUUUGCUUGAACGAACAUCAAGGAACUGACGUCGAGAUACAUUUGUUGGACCUGAUGGUAAAGUGAUAUUAAGGAGAUCUCCAGCAGGCGUUGGCAAUACCCGGAAUUGUCUGUGGUCCUAACGUUCGCGAAUUGCUGAUGAAUAGGGAUCUGCGAUGUCAACUGGAUUUACUAAAGCCGCCACAAAAGUCCUCAGUGUCGACCAAGAUAUUGAAGGAAACGGUGAAAAAGGCUCAAGCAAAACAAAAGAGAGGUCACGACCAAACAGCGAGUGAGAGAAAUGCAAUUAGACCAUAUGAUAUGGUGUUGGUACGUCACGCACAGAUGCCAAAGUGGAGAAACGCCAGAGUAGUACAAGUUUUUGGGGAGAGGUAUUAUACAGUACAGUAUACAGACGCGGGAGUAAGACAAAAGGUUCACGUGGAUCACUUGAGACUGCACCCACGGUCAAAUCAACUACCAACCCAGCAGCUAGUACAAGAUGAACCAGAUCUAGAGCCUAGAGACGUCGAAGGUAGCAAUAGAGACAACAAACGAGAUGAUCAAUUUAGCAGUGACACGGAGCGUGAGUCCUUAGACGAUGGUACUGAAGACGAGUUGAGAGCGCCUGAAGUUGCCACAGGAUUAGAGCAGCCAAGAAGGAGUCAGCGUACUACAAAGGCAAUACCACCUACAAGAUAUGGAGAGUGGACAGUGUAGAGAGGCUAUAGAACUGAUAUAAUCAUAGUGCUGUAAAUUUUGUGUUGCGUAGAAAGGAGGGAGAUGAUGUGGCAUCCAGGGUUUCAUAGGCGGGGCAGCUCAGUCAUUUGGAUAGCCGGCUAACGGAUACAUGUUUUCUUUGUUGUGUCGCUUGUGUUCAAUUACAUUUAUUCUUCCCAACCUUUGAGUCCUAUGCUACAUAUAUAUGUUUGCCUGCAGAGUUGUUUGCCUGCAUGUUUGUCGGUUUGUGGAGAUGUCAUCAUCCGUAGAUACUUCUGCGCCCUCCGUUAUACACUCAGUUUCUUACGGGAACUUGACUGUACGAA